UCCAGACUGUGUGGAAGAGGCUGUGAAUUAUAUUUACACCAAACGAGCGAAUGAUUUUUUGCACUUUACAAGGGUAAAAGUCUACGUCUGCAGUGAAUCCCAACAUGUUGGUUCCUCUCUAUUAUUUAGAGGAGGAAUACUGCAUACAAUUUUGGUAAAAAUUGGUUGUUCUUGGAAGUUAACCAUAGGAAUUCGACCUGCGAACAACAGUGAGCCUUGAUGUUAUAUAUUAGAUGGCUAAUUUUCAUAAACCUGGCUGGGAGGUGAUUUGAAGUGAAAUUGCUGAAGACUGAUGAUUUUUCCUCUCGGAAUAAUGAGGACGUCAAACGCUCUCGUAUGCGCAGGAUUUUUAAAGAGAGGGGCGAUUUUUGCUGUUUGCCUAUUCGUGUUUUGCGAAUGGUUUAUCUACUACAUGGUGAUACUUCAAUGUUCGUGGCCGGUAUUUACUAUCGAGGAACAUGCAAAGUCCUCCGAACCUCUCAGGACCAUGUUACUGACCGAUACACACUUGCUAGGGUCGAAAGAUGGCCAUUGGUUUGACAAACUGCGGAGAGAAUGGCAAAUGGAAAGAGCUUUUCAAACAGCUGUGUCCUAUUUCAAACCAGAUGUCAUCUUUUUACUUGGGGAUCUGUUCGAUGAGGGUAUGAAAUGUAGUGAUGAGGAAUGGAAUAAGUACAUCCAGCGUUUUCACAAGAUGUUUCGUCAUUCAACUCAUACCAAAUUUUAUGUUGUGGUGGGGAAUCAUGACAUUGGAUUUCACUAUGAGGCAUCUGGUGAUCAGCAUCUCUUUCGACGAUUUUCAGCUGAGUUUGACUCUCCCUCAGUAAAACUACUGAACAUUAGAGGAAACUUGUUUGUCCUAGUGAACUCCAUAGCACUGCAAGGUGAUGAAUGUUCCAUGUGUUCUGAGGCUAUGACUCAACUAAUGAAUGUGGCUAACAAACUGAACUGUCACAGAGAGAGGUCUAGUAAAAAAGUUUAUGAAGAUGUGAUCAAAAAAGAGAAGAAAACAUGUGAUCUACCCAAGGAUUCUCCAGCCCCUAUACUUAUUCAGCAUUUUCCGUUGUACCGUAGAAAUGAAGUGAGAUGUACAGGAGUUGAUGCCCCUCCUGACGAGGAAAAGCGCUCCAAAAACAGAGAGAAAUGGGAAGUGGUUUCCAAGGAGAUGUCUCAAAAGCUUUUGUCAUUACUACGUCCACGCCUAGUACUGAGUGGCCACACCCAUCAUGGCUGCUAUCUGUUGCACGAUGAUGGUACCCCUGAAAUGACGAUUCCUUCGUUCAGCUGGAGGAAUAGAAAUAAUCCUAGUUUUGUUUUGAGCGUCAUUUCCCCGGAAAAGUUCGCUCUGUCAAAAUGUUUUAUUCCUCGGGAGAGCACGGUAAUUGCAGUGUAUAUCAUUGGAGGAAUCGUGUUUGUUGUAAUGAACUUUGGACUUACAUAUACAUCCCUUAGAACUCGUAGAAAAUUCAACUCUUGUGUUAGAUGACACAGGGUCUAUUAAUGCAAAAUGUCUGUGGUUUAUUUUUCCUGUCCUGAACAAAGAUAUGUUGCAAAUGAAUUGUAAAUGAAUUUCAGUGAGUCCUUAAUUUAUAGUAAAUACAUAAGAAAAUUGUCUCGAGACCAUUUUAAGCUAUGGAAGGGGAAACGAAAUAAAA